UUUUUUAUUUGCUUUUUUUCAUUUCUCCACAAGAUAUAAAUCUGAGUUCCUUCACAGAAUCGUAUUUGACAUAAUAUCAUUUGGUUUAGAUGCGGAUCAAUGGGGGGUUUAGAAGAUGCAGAUUAUCAGACACCAUUGUUGCAUACUCAAGUCUCGGAGCCUCCUCUUAUCAGAACUGAAUUUCGAAGCAAAUUAAUGGGGGUUUUAACUGACGCUGAUGAUCAGACCUCUCUGUUGCAUGCUCAAAUCUCCAAGCCUUCUCUCAUUAGAACUGGGAACGUAUGGACAGCAGUAGCACAUAUCAUAGCAGGGGUGAUAGGGUCAGGGGCAUUAUCGGUUGCAUGGAGUAUGGCUCAGUUGGGUUGGAUUGCCGGUCCUUUGGCCAUGCUUUUCUUUGCCCUUAUAAACCUCACUUCCGCUUUCCUUCUCUGCAACUGUUAUCGUUCUCCGGACCCUGAAUAUGGACUUUAUCGAAACCGCUCCUACCUUGAAGCUGUUCAUAACAAUUUAGGGAAAAAGAAUGCCUUGGUAUGUGGCCUAUUUCUACAAGUGAACUUGUUCGGGACUGCUGUUGUCUAUACUGUCACAUCUGCUACCAGCUUAAGAGCAAUUCACAAUUCAUACUGUUACCCCAUAGAAGGGAAGCAAGGCAACUGUGGGUAUGGAGAUGCUUCUUAUAUGCUAUUAUUUGGGGUUGUUCAAAUUUUACUGUCACAGCUUCCUAAUUUCCAUAAUUUAAAAUGGCUAUCAAUUGUUGCUACAAUCAUGUCUUUUAGCUAUUGUUUCGUUGGUCUUGGACUUGGCUUCGCAAAAGUCGUAGGAAAUGUUUAUAUUAAGGGAAGCAUUGCAGGAAUCUCUACUUCUACUGCAGCUGAAAAAACAUUGUUGGUAUCUCAAGCUCUAGGAGACAUUCUAUCUGCCUAUCCAUACUCCUAUAUUCUCAUUGAAAUACAGGAUACUUUGAAGUCACCUCCACCAGAAAACCAAACUAUGAAAAAGGCCUCCAUCAUAGCAGUUGCUGUUACGACUUUCCUCUACCUCAGUUGUGGAGGUUUUGGAUAUGCAGCCUUUGGUGAUGAAACACCAGGGAAUCUCUUAACAGGAUUUGAAUCUUAUGGACCACGUUGGCUCAUCAACUUUGCUAAUGCUUGCGUUGUGCUUCAUCUGGUUGGAGGUUAUCAGAUAUACGGUCAACCACUCUUUGCAAAUGUUGAAAAAUGGUUCGGGGAGGUGUUCCCACACAGCAGAUUUAUAGAGGACAAUUACACAAUUAGACUGCCAUUAUUGCCGGUUUUCACAUUAAAUCCUCUAAGGCUGUGUUUCAGGACAGCUUAUGUUGUGUCAACAACUGGAAUUGCAAUCAUAUUUCCUUACUUCAACCAAAUAUUGGGCGUGCUAGGCGGCGUGAACUUUUGGCCCAUAAGCAUAUAUUUUCCAGUAACAAUGUACUUGAAGCAGACGAAGCUUGAAGCUUGGACAGCAAAAUGGUUAACGCUUCAAAUUUUCAGCAUUGUUUGCUUGUUUAUAACUGUGUUUACCUCGACUGGAUCAAUCCAAGGACUAAUAAAUGAAAAACUGAGCUAAAAGGCUACAAAAUUUUCCUUCACAAUGGGAUCAGGGACUCAUUUGAAUGUAUUAUAAUGAAUGAUCCUUCCUUUCCUAAAUUGUACAAAGACAAAAAAACAAAAAAAUGUCACCUUAUGUGUAUAAUUAUCACUAUUGUGGUUUGUGAUAUGUAUUUAUGUGAUAUGUAUUUAUGUGAAUAAUUAUUUCCUAGAA